UUAUCAUGUUGGCUAUUGCCUCUUCAUAUGCUGCUGAAUAUGUAACUGUAACUUACGCCACAUCUGUCGUAUCUGGCGUCGCAUCUGGCGCAUCUUAUGCCGUAACUUACACCACAUCUGCCACAUUUUACGCCACAUCUGCCGUAUCUGGCGCCGCAUCUGCCGCAUCUUACGGCCCAUCUGCCGUAUCUGGCGCCGCAUCUGCCGCAUCUUACGGCCCAUCUGCCGUAUCUGGCGCCGCAUCUGCCGCAUCUUACGGCCCAUCUGCCGUAUCUGGCGCCGCAUCUGGCCCCGCCACAGCUGCCGCAUCUGCCGUCGUAACUAGCACGCCUGGCGCAACCAACAGCAUUAAUGGAACUAAACCAUCAAGCAUAUCAAAUAUCAAUAAUACCACCAGCAAGACUCCCAGCGGCGCUUUCGGACAAGUCAGCGGCAUCCGAUCAUCAGAGGAUUUAUUCACAGCUGUCACUUUACUCAUGACUGUCUUUGUUUUCUUCAUCAGCUCGGAAUAA